AAUAAGGCGUGCUAAUGCUUACGUUUUACUUAAAUUAAAUCCGAAAACGAAGAUCAAUGAAGGAUUACCAAGUCACGAUUUGCUGUAGCUAUUUCUGGAUGCAUCGAAGAAGCAGUAGUAACUAUAUUAAAUGAUGAUAACAUGUUUAGAUGGGAACAUUCGCACGACUGGUUCGUAACAUCUUACAAAAGACAAGAAAAAAUUGUUUUUGGAGAACGAAUGAUUGCAAUAUCAAUUAUCAAUGUAGAUUUCGAGUUCCUAAGCGGUCACAUAGUUAAUGACAAGAAUGGUUAUCAACGCAUGAGAAUCAAAAUAUGGGAAUCAUACGGACUAAAUAUUACGAUCCUUGUCGGUCUCGAUUCGACUAAACGAUAAGAAUGCAAGCUUAUUGUAAAAACAGCGAUAGAUAAAGGAUUCUUCAAUGGUAUAUUCAAUCUCGCAGUUUCUUUGACAGACAGUAUUUGUAAAAAUCAAAUGUUGAGAACUUUUGAAGAACCUUUCAAUGGAAAAGCUUGGCCCACGAAAUGUUUAGAAAAAGUGACUAGAAAACUUUGUCCAGAUCUACGACAUUUCGUGGUCUUUUCUUCAGUUUCGUAUGGGAAAGGAAAUCCCGGUCAAACUACGGUAUGGCUAAUUCGAUCAUGGAAAGAAUAUACGAAAAAAGAGUAGAAGAAAGUUUGCCUGGAUUAGCUAUUCAAUGGAGUCUAAUUGAAGACUUUGGACACUCAGAAUAAGCAACUUAAUGUUAUCGUUAGUACUCUACAACAAACAAUAACAUCAUGUUUAAAAGAACUCAAUCGAUUUUUACUACAGGAUAAACCUAUAGUAACUUAUAUGCUAGUUGCUAAUAAACAAGCAGAUAGUGACGGUGUGAAUAAUGUUGUUGAUACUGUCUUAAACAUUAUGGAUAUUAAAGAUUUAAAGAUUGUCAGUCACCAUACUUCCUUGGCUGGAUUUGGAUGGAUCCUAUGACGGCUGUAGAAAUAAGACAAACGUUAGAGCAUGAAUAUGAAAUAUAUCUCACACCAUAAAAUAUUCAAACCUUAAACUUCGUCAAACUCAUGGAAAUGAAUGAUCAACUGAUAUAUAAUAAUAAUCAUAAUAAAAGUGCUAUAAAAAAAAUAUUAACUGAUACAAAAAUGUUGACGCAACUAUUCGAUGAAGUACCUUCCUCCAAAAUAACUAUUCCGCUUAAAACUAAUCCAGAGGAAGGUCGGAACGAAGUAUUCUACAAAUUAUGAAUUACAAACUAUAGAGGAGAUGGCUAUUUCCUGAUGGCCAAUUCAUUUCUAUCGAUAUAUUUUUGUGUUAAAAAAAAAAAGAAAAAGAUAUUUAAUUAAACCUAAUAUUAUUAAAUCUUACGCAUUGACAUAUUAUAUAACUUUAUAUAUUAUAGCAUAUAUUAGAAAAACUUAAAGAUCGAAGAGAUUUCACGUUAGCGGGAUAUUUGUUUGGAUCGUUUAUAACAUUGAACUGACACAUAUGUUAGAAUCCAAAAGAUUUAAAGGCCAGCUAAUUUUAAUAGAUGGUGCAAAUAAAAUCAUUUAUAAACCAAUACAUGCAUUUAUCAUGGAAGGAAGAACUAGAAAGCAAUAUUUUGCUUGGCAUCAUGAAUGCAUUUACACUUACUAACAGUGAACGGAUACGAUAUUUCCUUCUUUCUAUUUUUUGUAAGUGUCAUACUAAUUUCCAAAUAUUAUUUCGCAGAUUGUAAUUGAAUUAAAAAAAUGUAAAACGUCGAAUGAGAAAAUAAAUACAUUAUUUAAUGUGAAAUCUUCUGAACAGAGGCAGUUACAUAUGAAAAAAAUUCAAAAAAGCAUUAUUCUCUCAUAUUAUGUGAGAUUGCAAGCGGCCAUGAAAUAUAACCGAUACCAUAUAUAAGAACACCAAACACAUUAUUUAAACCGAAGUUAUUGAUAUAGAUUUGAGGAUUGUUGAAGAAUUUAAAGAAAAUCUUGAAUGAAAGAAAACUAAUAAGAAUAAAAUUAAUAAAAUUAAUAUCCCGAGGAUAGAUGAUUUAUAUGUGGUAGAUUGUGAUUGCAUAUAAGUUGCUGAAAUUAUCUAACGAAUUUAUUUUAACAUUAAAAUAAAAAUAAAAAAUUUUAAAUAUAAAAUAUUGAGUUUUUUGAAAUAAAAAUUUAAAGGUAGACGCUUUUAAACUUUACGCGACUUAUGGGACAUCAUAAAUAACUAUUGUCUUUAAAUCUAAAACGUCGUCGUAAUUUUUUCUUGCUGUUAUAGUAGCAAAUGUUUUUUUACGGAAAUCUAUAAUAGAUACUGAUUUCAUUCAUUUUUAUUAUUUACUAAUAGAUGUCUAAAGAUAGAAAUAUAAAUGGCGUUGUUAAACGGGAACAUGUAAAUUUAUGGAAAAAGCUGUAAUUACAAACAGUAUUUAUUAUAUUUCUACGAAUUGUAAUAUUCUUAGAAAUACAAUGCAAUUCAUUAAUACAACACGUCGAUCGACACGCCCCUCCUUGGCGCUUAGUUUGAUUAUUUUUCUUUUGAAUCGUGUUGUAUCGUCGAUAAAACAGAAAAUCAUUGAUACCAACCAAAUCAACCGGUUAGUGUAUAGGUUGAAUGCAAUUACUGAAGUAAAGUGAAGUCAGACGUAUAUCAAUAGAUUGACAAAAUUACGCAAAGAAAAACAUGAUUGACAGAAACCGAUAACCGUCCAAGGUCCAUAGAAUUUUUUUUCAUCGUAUAAGAUUUUACUUUGUUGAUCUUAAUAAUAUAAAUUAUAAAUUAUUCGUUGAAAUAAUGAUGCUUCGAUUGUAAAGUGGAAAAGCUUCCCGAAAAUUCUAUCGUCUUCUUGGUUAUUCUUCCGCUCGAAUUGUGCUAAACUGCAAAACGUUCAAUUUUAUCAAAUAUAAGUGCUUGAGAAAAAAGAUUUACAAGCGCUUGGAAAAGGAACUGUGUAUAUUUGUUAAAUUUUAGUUAGAUAUUUUCAGCCUUAAACAUUGUUUUGUAUACGUAUCGUGUUGUUUUUUUUUUUGUUUUUAUUUUUUACGCAGUAAAAAUCGAUCGAUUGUCUGUUGUUGAUUAUAACUUGAUUCUACGCGCCACUUGAUUCUAAUCAACGAUCUUUGCUUUUCCUUUUUUGUUUUUAUAUAUAUCGAAAUUUGAAACGUUUAUUGCCAACAAAAUUAUAUUUAAGGCAGACGAUGUGACUUUUGUAAAUCAGUGAAUACGUGACUCGAGUGAGCCCGCUGUGUUUGUGUUCUUUCCUAAUAUAGUUGGAUAUUUAUUUCUACUUAUUUUUUUAAUAUUUUUCUAAUAUUAAAGAAAAUAUAUAUUUGAAGUGUCUUCUUGUUGACUAAGUGGCUCUUUAAAUCUUCAAAUUCGAAAUUUCAGAUUUUUGAAAUUUUAAUAACUUUUAUUCUAAAAUAUAAUAGUGUUAUUAUUUGGUAUGGUAAUUCAAGGACUAAAAUUAUCGAUAGUGCUUGUUAGUUUACAAUUUCAUCGCCUCUAAGAAUAUCUCUAAGUAUAUAGAUUUGUUAUAACAAAUUCUGUGCCACGCAUCAAUCAAAGCAUUAAACAUGGAAUUCCCUUUAUGGAAUAAGUUUUUUAUUUUUGCUGAUAUUAUAAUGAGAGUACCACCUUUGUUCAUCAUCGAUGGAUUACUUCGAAUUCGUCUUGGAUUACCAGAUGAAACUGUUGUACUAAAUAGUACAGACAAUGACUUCAAAAUUGAUAGUGUAUUGAAUACUUUCGCUGAGUCUUUUCCCUUGGUUGGUCCAGAAUCUUUUUUAUUUGAAUACUUUAACUUCGAACAAGAUGGUUACCAAAUGUUUAUUGUGAUAAUGUUGAAAUUUAUAAUAUGCUGUAUAGGAUGUAUAGCGGCUUUGUGCACAUUUAUGUUAUGGACGAAACAUCUUAUAAUUGUGUACUUAUAUAUGAUAUCUAUAGGAGUAAUAUUUAUAUCCUAUUGGUCUAAUGUUAGUACUAUCAAAGCUGUUAUAGCAUAUGUGAGCAAGCCUGAUUAUACAACCAGUAUAUUGGAUGAUAUAUUACAUUUGAAUCUGACUUCUAUUAUCAAGGAAGGAACAGGAUCUCUGCUUUUUCAAAACUAUAUAUUACAGUGUUUGUUGGCUAGCAUUUUUUGUUAUAUACACUUUGCUCCAAGAUAUUUAAUUCUUCAGAAAUUGCUGGUAAUGAGUUUUAUGACACCAUCACUUCUGGCUAUCCAUCCAUUACCUACGUCGAUUCUUUAUAAUGCGCCAGUUUUUGCAACACUGCUUCCAUUAGCUGUUUGUAAAUUUAUUAUUUGGUACAAUGGCGUUUUAAUUCUGAAAACCAUUUAUAUGGGAUAUGCUCACGCACGCAAUUUUAUAAGUAAUUAUGGUCUAUCUGCUCUUGUAGAGACAGAAUGGUUUCGUCUAAACGUACCAUGCGUAUUACGUACGUUUUGGUUGUUGAGAAUAGGAGAACAAGUUAUACAAAUUUUGGGGAAUCAUUAUGGAGAUGAAAAUUUCUCAUAUUAUGAUAUGCUCAGAACCUUAUUGGUAAAUGGAUGUGAGACCUUGACUGCAGUGUUAGGGAUGACUAGUAUAAUUUCACUUAUUUGCCAUUAUAUUGGUUGUUUCUUCCAAUGGGUAUUAUUGACUGAAGAUGGAGAUGAAAAAAGCAUCGGCACGAUAUCCGCUAUAUUAUUCUACAUAUUAGCACUUCAAACUGGAUUGACAAGCUUAGAUAGAGAAAAUCGAUUAGUCAAAUUAUGUAGAAAUUUUUGCUUACUAUUUACUGCAGUAUUACAUUUUGUACAUAACAUUGUAAAUCCACUCUUAAUGUCUCUUAGUGCCUCACAUAAUCCAGCACUGCAUAGGCAUCUGCGUGCUCUUGCAGUUUGCGCCUUCCUUAUAUUCUUUCCAGUUUCUCUAUUGGUAUUUCUUUGGUCACAAUUUAGUGUGAGCACAUGGUUAUUAGCUGUGUCUGUUUUCAGUGUUGAGGUAAUAGUCAAGGUAAUGGUAUCUUUGGCUAUAUAUAUCUUAUUUCUCAUUGAUGCAUAUCGCACUGCAUUUUGGGAAGAGCUAGAUGAUUGCGUAUAUAUUAUAAGAUCUUUUGGCAAUAUCAUAGAAUUUGCCUUUGGUGUUAUAUUACUCUUCAAUGGUUUCUGGAUAUUAAUCUUUGAAGCUGGCGGUACUAUUCGUGCUAUUAUGAUAUGCAUUCAUGCAUACUUCAAUAUUUGGUGUGAAGUCAAAGCUGGAUGGCUAGUUUUUAUGAAGAGACGAACUGCAGUCAACAAAAUUAAUUCUUUAGCCGAAGCGAAGUUUGAACAGCUACGAUCUCUCAAUGACGUAUGUGCCAUAUGUUAUCAAGAAAUGCAGGCUGCAAAGAUAACACGCUGCAAUCAUUACUUCCACGGCGUAUGCCUACGAAAAUGGCUCUACGUACAAGAUCGAUGUCCACUUUGUCACGAUGUCGUUUAUAAACCUCAAAAUAAGGAGGAAUGUUCUACGGAUUCGCUGUCACCAGAAUAAGAGAGAAAACAAAUAAAUAAAUAAAAGGACGGGGAUAACGAAGUCUUCCAAAAAGGAGAUCAGAAUGAGUUGGAGCAAUUUUAAGAAAGACCCGUCAUUGGAAGAGAUAAUAGACAAAACUCUUCAAUGGGGAUAAUUACUAUGACACAGCUUCAUUGUGAUAUUCUUUAUACUAAUAAAUAUUGCGAACUUAAGGAGGCUUAAAUUGUGCGACAUCGAUUUGUAAAAUAUCAUUUGAUUAUUUUCUUUCUUAUAAUAUAUUACGUUAAUAUGGUGUAGAAAAAAAUAUGAGGCUCGAUAAUAGGAUUUAAUCCAUUCUUCCUUAAAUUUACUUUACGCUAUUGUAUGCGUUCGUUAUCAAACAAUAUAAUUAAAGAAACUUAACAAGUGGUAUAAUUGACUACAACAUGUUAAUAAUGUAAUUAUCUACGAAUUAGAUUUAUAUUAAUCUCUCUCUCUCUUCCUUUCUUUUUCUCUUUCUCUUUUUCACUACAUUAUAUCUUAUUUUUUUUAUAUACAAUUAUAAUUAGAUUAACAUAAAAAUCUCUAUUCGUAUCUACUGUUAUAAUACAGUUGAAAGCUUGAAAAAAAAAUAAAUUUAUAUUCAUAUCAGAUUUAGAAAUAUUUUAAGUAUAUAUACAUAUAUCUCUUUCGUACCUGGCAUAUCUUAUUGCCGAGAAUGAUGUCUGCACAAAGAUUCGAAGCCUAAUCUUAAGCUUAUGUACAUACGCUUUACGUGUAUAUAUGCAUGUAUACAUUGAGAUCGUUAAGUUAAACAUGAGUAUAACAUUGUUUUAUCCCGAAUAUUUUACAUAUCAUGUAUGUUAUUUGAUUAUUUCGUAUAUACUUUUCCACUUGAUUCUUUUCUUAUUAAUAAGUGACAUAGGUACACACUUUUAUUUAUCAUUAGAUUUCUGAACUUUAUAGAAUAUUCAUGUGAAAUUCAUUUAUCACAAAUUGAUAUUAAUUUUUUUGUUUUGUUUUGUAAUUAAUUAAUGUAAAUAUAAAUGUAGACGAAUCAAAAAAAUAUUGAUUAAUAACAUGAGUGAAAACGACGUAAAAUAUGUCAUAAAAGGCAAAUUUGAAAGUGUAUAAUAAUUGUCAAGUGGUAGAUCAAUUUGUAUAUACAUAUAUGAACACUAUAAAUUUUCUUUAAGCUCAGUAAUCUAAAUUAAAUAAAUUGUAUGUGUGUAUAGAUAAAAAGAUUAGUUGAGUUAAAUCCAUUCGAUCAAUCAAUACUCUUUAUAGAACAUUUGAAUUUCAUUAAUUAAUACAAAAAAAAAAAAGAACAAAGAGAUAAGGAUCUAUCUACAAAAUAAAAAAUAAAAAAAAAAAAUAAAAAAAAAAAUAAAAAAUAAAGGCAUGAUGUAAUAAAAUUCAAAGUGUAAUAAUAGGUGAUAAAUAGCAUGCAAGAGGGGAUAGUGUUUUCAUAAAAUCGUAAUAGUAUAACAUUUAUCCGUCUUACGAAAAUGAAAAUAAUGCGAUGAUCUGCUUAAGAUAAUGAAUAAAGUAAACAUCAUGUGUAUGUAAUUUAUCGAUACUAAUAAUGUUUAUUGUUAAAAAAGAAAAAAAUCAUAACAAUAUUCUGUUUGUGGGUAUACAUGGAGAAGAAAAAGAGAUCAUUAAAACAUUCUAUUUUUUAAUCGAAUAUUUAUUUCUUCCUCUUCAGUUAUUUUAACAGCGACAAAUAUUAUGAUAAAAAAAAAAAAAAAAAAAAAAAGGUAUAAGAUGUUCGGAGUUGCAUGCGGUUUUUAUAAGAUUAUUUACAGUACGUAUUUACAGUACGCACAGCAUCAGUUGCUCCUCUUUCCCCCUCCCCCCCCUCUCCUUUCUCGCUAUAUAUUAUUACUUACUGCACGUUCGAACUUGAAAUCUCAAAUGUCAGUCGUGUGCGUACUUUGAACGAGCGAGGGUUGUGUGGUGCCUCUGACGACUUCGAAAGCUGUUUAGAACGAACGAACGAACGAAGAUAAA